AUGAAUGCCCUGCGUACCAACUAUUGGCUUUCCCUACUUAUUAGGAGCUUAGAUGAAGACGGCCGAACCAUUGCUUUUUCUAUAGAAAAAAUUUUUCGAGUCGGAUUCCUUUACUGGUCCGAAGGUUAUCGUUUGGGAUCCGAAGUUGAUAAAGAGGUUGCAAAAACAGAACAGUUGAAACAGCAUGAUGUGGUCUCUAUGCUACUCAUGGACAGUGGUCCGCUUGUAGCAUCACAGGAACAUAACCAUGUUGUAUAUGUUCUGGAGGGGAAUAUUAAGGCUGCUAGGAACUUGUUUAUCCGGCUUUAUAGGCAUGUUUUUGAAUCUGAUAGCUUUUUUUUAAUUCCUGCAUCAUGUGAAGAUUUUCCUCAGGACCGUCGGCUGUACCACGCUUUGUUUGUUCCUGACGCUUUGGCAGCGAUUAGGGAACGGCUAAAUGAGGACGAACGGACAAGUUUUUAUCUGAAAACAGUCAUGUCACUUCCACUUCGGAUUUACCCACUUUACGACGACGUCUUUUCUUUUUUUAUGCCCGAUAUUGUAGCAAAACUUUUAAUCCAUAAAGAUUGGACGGAGCUAUACAGGUGUGCUACUGCUAUCUUGCAGUUACAGUCUAUGUGCAAAAGAAUUCCAAAUUUGCACUGUUAUGGGAAGUGGGCGGCGCAGACAGCCAGAAUUUUGCGAGAGAUUAGUACAGAGGAAAGUAAAGGGCUUAGUGCUUCUGGUGAAUGGAACGUUUCUGACGUCGUUGUUAUCGAUAGAUGGUUGGAUCCACUUACUCCCAUGUUAUAUCAGUACACUUACGGGGGCUUGGUUGACGAAAUUUUCACUAUUUUACCUUCUGGAGGCAUUAUGACUACACUGUUUGCUAGUAAGAAUGAAGAAAGCAAUGCUCCCAAAGAACGGCAGUUAAGUGACGACCUUUACCAACGUCUACGCGAUUUACACAUCAGUGAUGUCGGCAAAACUAUUUCUUCAGAAGUUAAAGAAAUUAAAGAAGGACUGAAGGAAACUUGGGAUGCGUCUUUGACGCAAACUAAAGUGCUUAUCCGCAAGCUUCAAGAGUUAAAAGUAAAGGAGCGGGAUGCCGAAAAACAUACAGUGAUUGCGGACCACGUGACUUCUACACUGAGAAGUGAUAAGAGAUUCAGGAAGAUUGCUAAGUUUGAAAAAGAGUUGUUGAAUGGGGAUUACGGAGAUCGUGUGGUUCCUUUUCUCGAAGAUUUAAUUGCCGAAGCUUACAAUCCUGAGAGAAUACUCUCUCUUUUGAGCAUACAGUCUCUAGUCUGUGGUGGUCUGAAGCCUGCUACGUAUAACACUUAUCUGCGUCUCUUUGUCCAAACUUAUGGCAUAUUCAACAUAACAAAGUGGAUCAAGCUACAGCUGGCAGGUCUUUUAUUUGCAAAGUCAUCAAAGAUUAAGUGGGAACGAGGGCGCACUAACAUCUGGAAAGAGGAUGUUCGGGAAGAAAUGCUAAACUUGAGAUUGUUUCGCACUCGGAAUGAAGUUGAUCGUGAGCAAGCCCUUGCAGUUGAGGACUUUUCAAAAGCCCCUGAGUGCGAUUAUUCUGCUUUUGACUUUUACCAUAUCAACAAAAAAUUCAGCUGCACCGAUCCAGCGAAUUUGCAGAAUGAGUGCAGUGCCUCAUAUCCGUAUUGUGGGUACGUUCCACCUUUGGUACGGCUUGUUGAAAGUGGCGUCAGAAAUGGAUGGAAAGAAUGGACCACUGUGACAUCUCCUCAGCAAGUUGUUAACGAUCCGGAAGCAACAACAGUAGUUUGUGUUAUAGGAGGACUAACGAUGGCUGAGAUUUCUUGUUUGAGAAGGAUAAAAUUCUCUAAUAAUCUGACAAUUUUGGUUUCAUCGGUAGUCACUGGUACUCGAAUGCUGAAGUCAGUGUCCUCUUUGUAG